AAGCCUGCCGCACUAAGGUUUAUGCAGUAAGCGGACGGGAUGAUCAAGCUGAUUCCCGGCCUGGACUCAGCGGCUAAAGCAAGAUUGGCCAAUUCGGUGCUCUUCCUCAAGGAAAGGCCUGUCAAGGAGUCGGGCGAGGAGGUCUGGCUCUCCCGCAUGUUCUGGUGCCCAUAUAUACGAUGGUUCCCAAGUUUGUGCAAGCCUCCAAAACAAGUAUCUCUUCACAAUUUCCUGGUACACACAGAAUCUCACGAAAUAUUUUAUUUGAUUACUUUUUUUCCCCUACACUUGGCAAUUUGUUUUUGCUUAUUGCUUCCUUGGUUUUUCGAGAAGCGGGCAAAAAUGGCACUCCAAACUGAGACAAUCGUGCAGCCCUCUGCACCAAAUCCUGGGGUCAUCGAUAUUGAUACAGACUUCGCAGACACGGAUGGCGACUCAGUCAACAGCAUUGGCGGCGGAUCGUCGUUUGGAACCUCGCUCUCCUCCUCAAUCCUAGAAUAUAGAUACGAAAAUGGAAGAAGAUAUCAUGGAUACAGGAACGGUUCUUACAUGUUACCAAAUGACGAGGCGGAACAGGAACGACUCGAGUUACAUCACCACAUUUUCCGCCUCAUACUAGGUGGUCGCCUCUUCCGAGCACCCAUUACCGCCAAGCCGAAGAGAGUGCUGGAUUUUGGGACGGCAACGGGUGCAUGGGCCAUGGACUUUGCUGACGAGUUCCAAUCCGCCACCGUCAUCGGCAAUGAUCUGAGCCCCAUUCAACCAUCUUGGGUGCCUCCUAAUUGCAAGUUUUAUGUCGAUGAUGUUGAAAGCGAAUGGGUGUAUACACCAAACGAGGCAUUUGAUUUUAUCCACGCGCGGGGGAUGGGCGGGAGCAUAAAGGACUGGAACAUGCUGUAUAACCGUGCACUCCAGCACCUGAAGCCUGGCGGCUGGAUCGAGAUGCAAGAGUAUGAAGCGUGGGUUUCCUCCGAUGAUGACCCCACGCUUAAGAAGUGUCCCAAUACCGCCCGCUGGCUAGCCCUGAUAGACGAAGCGAGUAUAAAAUUUGGAAAACGCAUGAAUGUUGCUCGCGAACAGAAGCAGCAUUUGAUUGACGCCGGUUUCAAGGAUGUUCGGGAUGAUGUAUACAAGGUCCCAAUGGGCACAUGGCCCAAAGAUCCCAAACUCAAGGAGAUGGGCGCAUUCCAGAUGGAACACAUGUGCAACUGUAUUGAAUCAUUCAGCCUGGCCCUCUUCACUCGGAUCCUGGGCUGGAAAAUGGACGAAACCCAACUCUUGUGCAAUGCAGUACGAAAGGAAUUCCGCGACCCCAAAAACCAUCUCUUGACUACUUUCCACUUCGUGUAUGGACAGCGGCCGACAUCGUAA